GCCACUUGCUGGCUCCCAUGUUUAGUGUUUUUAUUACCACGAAAAGGGAAACAUUUGGGGCUGAUAGACACGUUUGUUACUGAACUGAACGAGGUACAAACCGGGAGCGCUCACUCAUAGCCUGGAGGGCCAAACUGAUCCACGAGAUGUGUCGAGGUGGCGGCUUAGUAAUGGCGGGCAUCACCCAGGGAUGGCGAGGUCUGGGAACAGCCCAUCCCCAUCCCGUUACGAUUGUAGUGUUGAAAGGUGGGGCUCUGGGGAGGUGAUUAGGGUCAGGGCGGUGACCUGACUGAGUUCUGGUGGGUUUAUAAGGCCGGGAAAGGGGACAGACAUGUCUGCUCUGCUCAAGCUCUCGGCCUCCAUGUGUUGUGAUGCAGUGACAAGACCCUCACCAGAUGCGGCUGCGGAGGCUGGACCUCCAAACUGUGAACUGAAGAAAAACUUUCUUGGCUCGACAUGGAGGAAGGCCGAGAAGGAGGCACGUGGCUGGGCAUCACCACCAGGGGUAAGCUGGCGGCGCUCACCAACUACCUGCAGCCGCGUCUGGACCUCGAGGCGCGAGGCCGAGGUGAGCUCGUGACACAUUUUCUGACCACCGACAUGGACAGCUUGUCCUAUUUGAAGAAGGUCUCCACGGAGGGCCACCUGUACAAUGGCUUCAACCUCAUAGCAGCUGACCUGAGCACAGCAAAGGGAGAUGUGGUCUGCUACUAUGGAAACCGGGGGGAGCCCGAGCCCGUCGUCCUGACGCCAGGGACCUACGGGCUAAGCAAUGCUCUGCUAGAGACACCCUGGAGGAAGCUGUGCUUCGGGAAGCGGCUGUUCCUGGAAGCCGUGGAGCGGAGCCAGGCACUCCCCAAGGAUGCCCUCGUCGCGCAGCUCCUGGACGUGCUCAACAACGAGGAGGCACAGUUGCCGGACCCGGCCAUCGAGGACCAGGGCCGGGAGUAUGUGCAGCCCAUGUUGAGCAAGUAUGCAGCCGUGUGCGUGCGCUGCCCCGACUACGGCACCAGAACCAACACUGUCAUCCUCGUGGACGCCGACGGCCACGUGACCUUCACCGAGCGCAGCAUGCUGGACAAGGACCCCUCCCGCUGGGAGACCAGCACGCAUGAGUUCAUGCUGCAGAGCUAGCCCGCCGGCUCCAGGCGUGGCCAGUGUCCACAGGGAUCAUCCACGGCCACGCCGCACUGCCUGGGACCCGGCCAGCUCCCACCGGACCAGCUCUCCAACCUGUGUCACCUGUCUGCGUCGCCGUGCCAGCUCAGGGACUGCCCUUACGCCCGUGGGGAGGGAUUGAGUCUUGCACUAGUUUUUGUGCAGAUCCCGGUGUGCCAUGCGUGUGCAAAUGCACCUGGACCUGCCCCAGCACACAUGCACAGGUGUACACACGGGCACACACACAGCACACCUACAAGUACAGGGGCACACACACACAGGCAAACGUACAAGUACCUGGGUGCACAU